GGCACGGGCGGUGCGAUGGCGGCGCCCAUGCUCCGCAGGGUGGGCCUUGGAAGACUUUGGGGUUUCGCAUGGGUGGAUGGCGGUUCCGGCCACCGAAGAGGGUCCCCGAAUGGGUCGACUUCCAGUCGGAGGAGGGAGCAGAGUUCGGUGGCCCAGCAGCCCCUCCACACGGCCCAGAAGCCCAGGAAAGGUGGACACAAAUGGGCAGCUGUGGUAGGAUUGGAAAUUCAUGCCCAGAUUUCCUCCAACUCCAAACUUUUCUCUGGAUCUCAAGUGUCUUUUAUGGCUCCUCCAAAUUCUUUGGUUUCUUUUUUUGAUGCUUCUCUACCUGGAACUUUGCCGGUGCUCAACAGGAGGUGUGUGGAAGCUGCCGUGAUGACAGGCCUGGCACUGAACUGCCACAUAAAUAAGAAGUCCUUGUUUGACAGAAAACACUACUUCUAUUCAGACCUCCCUGCAGGGUACCAGAUCACCCAGCAGAGGCUCCCGAUAGCUGCUAAUGGGAGCUUGACAUACGGAGUCUUCAUGGGAAAUAAGCAGAGUCGCAUGGCCACCAAGACAGUGAGAAUCAGGCAGAUCCAGUUGGAGCAAGAUAGCGGCAAAAGCCUCCAUGACGACCUGAGGUCCCAGACACUCAUUGAUUUGAACAGGGCGGGAGUUGGCCUCUUGGAAGUGGUCCUGGAGCCCGACUUGUGCUGUGGAGAAGAGGCAGCCGCAGUCAUCAAGGAGCUGCAGCUGAUACUUCAAGCCCUGGGGACCAGCCAGGCCAACAUGGCAGAGGGCCAGCUGAGGGUGGAUGCAAAUAUAUCCGUGCAUCACCCUGGGGAGCCGCUGGGCGUCCGCACUGAAGUGAAGAAUCUCAAUAGCAUCAGGUUCUUGGCCAAAGCCAUAGACCACGAAAUUCAGAGGCAGAUCAAUGAACUUGAGAGCGGAGGUGAAAUUCUGAAUGAAACUCGCUCAUUUGAUUGCAAGCUGGGGUGCACUGUGCCAAUGCGGGACAAGGAAGGAAAACAAGACUACAGGUUUAUGCCAGAGCCCAACCUGCCUCCUCUGGUGCUCUACGACUCAGCAUCUCUGCCUGCAGGCACUGAAUCUCAGCAGGUGAUCAACAUCGACCAGAUUCGGGACGCGCUGCCUGAGCUGCCCAGUGCAACCCGGGAGCGGUUGGUCCGGCGGUACGGGAUGCUGCCCGAGCACAGCUUCACACUGCUGAAUGAAGUUGGCCUGCUGCAGUUCUUCCAGAAUGUGAUGAAAGAAACUAGGGCAGAGCCAAAAAAGGUGACGAGCUGGGUCCUCAACACGCUGCUGGGCUAUUUAAAGCACCACAACCUUGCUGUGAGUGAGAGUCCUGUCACGUCCUCUGCACUUGCUGAGCUUCUUGACCUGCUGGACAGUAAGGCAAUUUCUUCCGCAGCAGCUAAACAGGUGUUCGAGGAACUGUGGAAGGGUGAGGCAAAGAGUGCAGCGCAGGUUGUUUCCGAGAAGCAGCUGGAACUGAUGCAGGACCGCGAGGCCCUGGAGCAGCUCUGCCAGUCCACGAUGGAGGGGCACCCUCAAGUGGUAACAGAUAUGAAAAGUGGAAACCCCAGAGCUAUAAACAAACUGAUCGGGUUGGUACGGAAGGCAACCCUAAACCGAGCAGACCCAGCUGAGAUAAAGGAUAUACUAGAGAGGCUGUCGUCAUGAGGUGUCUGGCGUCCUCUGUCCAGGGAAGGACAGGGCCCCACGAAUCCUGAUGUCUGUGUGCUCUUCAGGCUUCCGUCGCUUGUGAGUUGCACUAGCCAUGUUCGGGUCCUCUGAGUCCUGGUGCAGCGCUGUGGUGACAUUGUACUCCUCUGGACCACCGCAGCAGUUAGCAAGAGCACGCUGGGGGGGCGGAGAGGGCUUUUUCACCACUGAAUAAAACAGGCUUCAAAUCCUGCAACCAUUCUCCAGACCCUUCGCUGUCAGCUCCUUCCACAGAUACUUAUAAGCCUGGCAUUGGCCCCAGUGCUGGGGAUCGCAUGCCGAAAGACCCGAGUGAGGCUGCAGUGCACUCAGGCCCGAAAACAGGCUCGCGUAGACAGUGCCCUGAAAACGCAUUUGCCUAGCGCGCCAGGUAAAGCUUGACUCACAUCUGCUGGGCAGAAGCAACGCCGCCCGUCAGCUUCCUGGGGCUCCUGAACGCAUAGCUCAGAGAUGCAGUGAAUCUUCUGAGGACAGCAGAACUGUUUUCAAAUGAAUUUAAUGAAUAAAGUACAUACUGAGA